AUGGUUAGUUCAAGCCCCCAGAGGCUAGCAUUUGCAAGAGAUAUGUCAGACUUGACGACUGUUGCGCACUACUUGGGGCAAUCCGUGAUCGCGUCGACUGCACGGUCCGCAGAGCAGCAACUGCGGGGGCUGGAGUCGCAAGAGGGGUUUGCGCUGACUUUGCUACACGUCGUAGCGUCGAACAACCUCGCAGCAUCGACGCGACUAGCAGGGGCAUUGUUCUUCAAGAACUUUAUCCGGAGGAGGUGGGUAGACGAGAACGGAGAGCACCUACUGAGCGCGCGGGAUGUGGAAUUGGUGAAGAAGGAGAUUGUGCCGCUGAUGAUCCAGCUAGGAAGCCAUCUGCAGGUGCAGAUUGGGGAGUCGAUUGCAGUUAUUGCAGACUCGGACUUUCCAGAACGGUGGCCGACCCUGCUGGAUGACCUAGUGGACAAGCUGUCGGCGGAGGACAUGGUUACAAAUAAGGGCGUGCUGACGGUGGCGCAUUCUAUUUUCAAGCGGUGGCGGCCGCUGUUUACGUCGGACGCGCUAUACCUUGAGAUCAAGCUGGUGCUGGAAAAGUUUGCGGGGCCUUUCCUGCAUCUUUUGCAGACGGUGGACGAGCAGAUAUCAGCGAACCGCGCUGACGAGGCGAAGCUGCGGUUGCUAUUUGAUGUGCUGCUAGUGCUUGUGAAGCUGUAUUACGACCUGAACUGCCAGGAUAUUCCCGAGUUCUUUGAGGACAACAUGCAGGUUGGUAUGGGCAUAAUGCAUAAAUACCUGGCGUACGACAAUCCACUACUGGAAGAUGAAACAGAAGACGAGGAGGCGAGCGUGGUGACUAAGGUCAAGUCUUCAAUUGCGGAGCUUGUGCAGCUCUAUACGUCACGCUACGAGGAUGUUUUUGGCCCGAUGGUUGAGCAAUUCAUCCAGACUACAUGGAACUUGUUGGUGUCCUUGACAUGCCAACCCAAAUAUGAUAUCCUUGUUUCCAAGUGUUUGUCCUUCAUGACCGCUGUUGCACGCAUCCCACGGUAUUUUAACCUGUUCAACAACGAAGCUGCGAUAAACAGUGUCACAGAGAAGAUAAUCUUGCCAAACGUGACCCUGAGAGACUCUGAUGUGGAACUCUUCGAAGACGACCCAAUAGAAUACAUAAGAAGGGAUUUGGAAGGCUCAGACUCUGACACCAGAAGAAGGGCAUGCACAGACUUUCUCAAAGAGUUGAAGGAGAAGAACGAGAGCCUCCUGACUAAUAUUGUUCUAUCCCACAUAAAGAAAUUUUUUGAAAAAUACCAUGCCCACCCACAGGAAAACUGGAAGUAUAAGGACCUAUGUGUUUAUUUGUUUACCUCUCUAGCGGUCAAGGGAAAUGUCACGAGCUCGGGGGUGAGUUCGACAAAUGCUAUGUUAGAUGUGGUGGAUUUCUUCACGAAGGAGGUCAUGUCAGAUCUGAAUGGGCAUGUUCCGCAUGUGAUACUGCGCGUCGAUGCAAUAAAGUAUAUUCAUACGUUUAGGAACCAGUUAACGAAGGAGCAGCUCGUAGAAAUUUUACCAGUAAUGGCAAACUUCCUGCAAGAUAGCGAGUAUGUGGUUUACACAUACGCCGCAGUUACUAUAGAAAGGAUUCUGUCUAUAAGAGAACCCAAUCCCUCAAAUGCAAUGUUGUUCACCAAAAACGAUUUGACAAAUAGUGCCCAUUUACUCCUGGAUAAUCUUUUUGGCUUGACAUUGAAGCAAAACACGAGUCCGGAAAAACUAGCCGAAAACGAAUUCUUAAUGAAGACCAUCCAUCGGAUUCUAUUGACUGCUGAAGAUUCGAUUAAACCAUAUGCGAUGGAUAUUCUUAACCAGUUACUUGAGAUAAUCAAAAUUAUUGCGAAGAAUCCAUCGAAUCCGAGGUUUACUCAUUUCACUUUCGAAUCCGUAUCGGUUGUUAUAAGAUAUAACCAUCAUAAUCUCAACGUUCUCAUUGAUACUAUGAUGCCUAUCUUCUUGGAUAUCUUAGCAGAGGAUAUUCAAGAGUUCAUCCCAUACGUUUUCCAAAUUAUUGCAUAUUGUUUGGAGCAAAUCCCAUCUGGUAAUAAUAUUCCAGAAAAUGUGAAACAGCUAUGCCAGCCGUUACUGUCGCCAGCUGUUUGGGAAAUGAAGGGAAAUAUACCAGCAGUUACUAGGCUCUUGAAGGACAUAAUCAAGAUAGACGCAUCCGUGUACCCAGAUCUAGUUCCUGUAUUGGGUGUAUUCCAGAGGUUGAUUGCUUCGAAGGCUUACGAUACACAAGGUUUUGAACUUCUGGAGUAUUUCAUGAAUUACAUCCCCCUUCCAUCAUUACAGCCAUACCUAAAACAAAUCGCAGUGCUGUUACUUCAGCGCCUACAAAGCUCUAGAACUGAAAAAUACGUUAAAAAACUAACUGUCUUUCUGGGUGUUAUAUCCCACAAACUCGGUUCCGAUUUUGUUGUUCAAUUCAUUGAUGAUGUCCAACCUGGUUUAUUUGAACAGAUUUGGAGUAAUUUCAUCAUUACCGCGUUGCCGAGCAUUGGCAACUUGUUAGAUCGCAAACUGGCGCUCAUCGGCUCCUUAAACACUGUGGUUAAUGGUUCACUUUUUACCUCUAGGUAUGGCUCCUUGGUCGUUCCAACCAUGAAUGUCAUUUUAACUACAGCCGUAUCGGAAAGCAUUGUACAUACAAAGAGCGAGUACAUUAAUUCAGAGCCAUCAGACGAGAUAACCACAUUUGGCUCUAGCUUUAGCAGACUGGGUACGAUUGCGGAGAAAUCAUUUGACCCCCUUUCUCACAUCGAUCUCACGAGGGGCGUGAAGCUGUACAUCGCUAACAUUCUAACAAGACUAGAUCCAUCCUUUAUGAAUGAAAUUACUAUGGGAUUAUCCGAGGACGCAAAAAAGGCACUGAAUUCUCUGGGUCCAUAA